AAAGCUAUGUUUGAUUUUUCAAAAUAUUCUUAUAAGCAGAAAGAUAUGUUUUAUGAUAAUGCCAAAUAUCAGGAGCUAGAAGUUUUUCUAAGACUUUAUAACUUUGAUACCGAUUUAGUUACUAAUCAGCAAGAAGAAUGUAUUCAAAGUGUAAAAGUGUUUUCUUUAUUA